AUAUGCUCUGGAGGAUAACGGAAAACAAUAAUUAGUGAACAAAGAUUGGAGGGUUGGGUUCGGAGCCCAAUUUGAUAAAAUACAACUGUCGGCUGCAUCUCCACUGAAUGUCGGGAAGUGGGAAAAGGGGAAUGGAAGCUCGACGUUGAAUCCUCCAAUUCACGACUGUUGAUCCCUCCUUUUAGCUUUCAAUUAUGCGUUUCCAUCAACUGGUACCGGGGGUGUAAAAUUUGAGAUCAGAGAGAUUCAGAGGGAAAAUCUCAUCCUUUUCCGGGAGGAUUUGAGUUUAUUUAAAGGGUUUGGGGGUUACCGUCGAACAUGGAUACCACCGGUGACUCCCGCAGGCACCUGUCCGUCGAACAUGGAUACCACCUUUGUCUGCGCUGUUGGAGUAUUCGGGUCUGCUACGUACGAGCUCUGCUCAUGGUCCCGAGGCCGACAGCCUCGUACCGGCAGUCUCCGCUUCUCCGGCUCCUGUUCCCGGCUGCACCUCCGAAGGGGAAGUCUCCAUAAGUAUAAUGGGUCCUGGGGGGGAGAGAACUUCUAACCCUGACGUCGCCCCUGCUGAGAUCAUCGGGGAGACCGACAAUGUCAUGAUAUCCUUAAGGUAUUUGUUUCCAUUUUAUCUAUCGUCAGGCCCUUCCUCUGUUUAUCGAUCGCCAUAAAACAAUGUGUUCCUUCUGUGACGGGAAGACAUCUGUUCUGGUUCUGGUCUCCGUUGCUUUCUUUCUUCACGUGGUUGGAGUUUAUUGGUGGUUUCGCAAUGAAAAUCUGUUCUAUUCCUUGAUCUUGCUUCCUCCUGAAUCCAUUCCGCCCUUUUGGCAUGCGGUCUUCUUCAUAAUAGCAAACGAUAUUCUGGUCAGGCAAGCAGCGAUGGUCUUGAAGUGUCUUCUUUUAAUCUAUUACAAGAACAGUAGAGGACGAAGCUAUCGUACACAGGGCCAAUUGCUAAGUGCAGUUGAAUAUCUGAUGCUGCUUUACCGUGCCUUGUUGCCAACUCCAGUAUGGUACCGUUUCUUCUUGAAUAAAGAGUAUGGAAGCCUUUUCUCAUCGCUGAUGACUGGGUUGAACCUCACUUUCAAGCUGACUUCUGUUGUUGAGAAGAUGCAAUCCUUUUUUGCUGCUUUGAAGGCACUAUAUCGCAGGGAUGUGCACUAUGGAGUUUACGCCACCUCUGAGCAGGUUAACGCAGUAGGAGACUUAUGUGCCAUCUGCCAGGAGAGGAUGCACGCUCCAGUUCUCCUGAGUUGUAAACACGUUUUUUUUUGUGAAGAUUGCGUAUCAGAAUGGUUUGAGAGGGAGAGAACAUGCCCCCUGUGCAGGGCUUUGGUCAAGCCUGCAGACAUACGGUCGUUCAAUGACGGAUCAACAAGCCUGUUUUUCCUGAUUUUCUGAAACAGACUUCAAUCAGAGGGCAUUCUUUUGGAACCCUUCAUACAGUUUAGAAUCUGGAGGAGGGAAAGGGGUAUAAUGCGGCUGAGACAACCAGAUAGUCCAGAGAGAAGUAGCAUAGCUGUUUAUAUGUUUGUUAUUAAAUGGAUGCUUGUGGUGGUGAAUGGGAUCACACAAAGCGUACAUAAAGAGUCAACUGAACUUGAGACAUACUGUAUAAACUGUUAAUGGAUACGAGUCCCGUCUGAGUCACUGGUGAAAUUUGUGUUUGACACGAAUUAUGCUCCUUUUCAACAUUGUAAGAAAAACAAGAAAAGAAAGAAGUAACAUUGAAAUA